AGUGGCCACAGCAAGUCCUAUCCGGUGGUGAGUGGCUGUCAUGAUCUCUACAGCACCGCUCUACAGCGGCGUGCACAACUGGACCAGUUCUGACCGGAUUCGCAUGUGCGGCAUCAACGAGGAGAGAAGAGCACCUCUUUCUGAUGAGGAGUCCACGACAGGUGACUGCCAGCACUUUGGAUCUCAGGAGUUUUGUGUCAGCAGCAGUUUUUCCAAGGUGGAGCUCGCAGCGGUCGGAAGCGGUAGCAAUGCCCGGGGGGCAGACCCAGAUGGCAGCGCAACAGAAAAACUUGGGCACAAGUCAGAAGACAAGUCUGAUGACCCCCAGCCAAAAAUGGACUAUGCUGGGAAUGUGGCAGAGGCUGAGGACCUCUCUUUGCCACUGAGCAGCCCAGGGGACGAGCUCAAGCUCCCUGCUUCUGACAGCGCCGAGGCCGGCAACAGCAGGGCUGACUGCGCCUGGACUUCCCUCAACACCCAAAUGAAUAAACAGGUGGACUGCUCCCCAGCCGGGAUGAAGGCUUUGGACUCUCGGCAUGGGAGUGGGGAGAAGAAUACUUUCAUUUUGGCAACUCUGGGAACUGGCGUCCCCGUGGAGGGGACCCUGCCACUGGUUACCACUAACUUCACUUCGCUGCCAGCCCCCAUCUGUCCUCCUGCUCCGGGUUCGGCCUCUGUCCCCCCGUCUGUUCCGGACCCGUUCCAGGUUCCCCUCUCCGUCCCAGCCCCAGUGCCCCAUUCUGGGCUAGUUCCAGUCCAGGUUGCCACUUCGGUUUCAGCUCCUUCCCCUCCCUUAGCCCCUGUCCCCGCCCUGGCUCCUGCACCGCCGUCAGUGCCCACGCUCAUCUCUGAUUCCACCCCUCUUUCUGUUUCGGCCUCAGUCUUGGUGCCCGUGCCAGCUUCUGCGCCCCAUCCUGGCCCGGUUGCCCUGUCAGCUCCCACUCCUACCCCCCUCUCAGUCCCAGUUUCAGCUCCUUCCUUGGCUCUGAUCCAGGCAUCCGUGCCCCCCUCUGCUCCAACCUUGGUCCUCACUCCGGUCCCUACUCCGGUUCUGGCUCCCAUGCCGGCGUCCACACCUCCAGCCUGCCAUCCUACCUGCAGGACAGGUGUCUCCCAGGCGUGCUGGCCUCCCCAGAGCUCCGCUCUUAUCCAUAUGCAUUUUCUGUGGCCCGGCCUCUGACUUCUGAUUCUAAGGUGGUUCCCCUGGAGGUGAACAGGCUCCCCUGCACCUCCCCAUCCAGUAGCACCACCGCCCAGCCUGCGCCUGAAGGGGUGCCUGGGCCUUUGGCAGAUACGUCGCUCACCACGGCAUCUGCCAAGGUGCUCCCAGCUCCACAGUCUUUGCUGCCAGCCCCCAGCGGGAGCUCGGCCCCGCCACACCCUGCCAAGAUGCCAGGUGGCACCGAGCAGCAAACAGAAGGGACUUCUGUUACCUUCUCUCCCCUGAAGUCACCUCCACAGCUGGAGCGAGAGAUGGCCUCUCCACCCGAGUGUAGCGAGAUGCCCCUUGACCUCUCCUCCAAGUCCAACCGCCAGAAGCUUCCAUUGCCGAACCAGCGCAAGACGCCCCCCAUGCCCGUGCUGACUCCUGUGCACACCAGCAGCAAGGCCCUCCUGUCCACGGUCCUGUCUAGGUCUCAGCGUGCCACCCAGGCUGCUGGCAGCAACGUCACCUCCUGCCUGGGCUCCACUGCCUCGCCCUUUGUCAUCUUCCCCGAGAUCGUGAGGAACGGGGACCCGAGCACCUGGGUGAAAAACUCAACAGCACUGAUCAGCACCAUUCCUGGCACCUAUGUGGGGGUAGCCAACCCGGUGCCUGCAUCCCUGUUGCUGAACAAGGACCCCAACCUGGGCCUCAACCGAGACCCUCGCCAUCUCCCCAAGCAGGAGCCCAUCUCCAUCAUCGAUCAAGGAGAGCCUAAGAACACUGGGGCCACGUGUAGCAAGAAGGGGGGCCAGGCUGGUGCCGAGGGACAGCCAAACACAGGUAAACGUUAUACCCCAGCACGUAUUGCCCCUGGUCUGCCAGGCUGCCAAACCAAGGAGCUCUCUUUGUGGAAACCCACGGGGCCAGCAAAUAUUUACCCUCGGUGUUCAGUCAAUGGGAAACCCACCAGCACCCAGGUCCUGCCCGUCGGCUGGUCACCCUAUCACCAAGCAUCUCUGCUUUCCAUUGGCAUAUCCAGUGCCGGGCAGCUGCCCCCCACUCAGGGGGUACCCAUCAGGCCCACCAGCGUUGUUUCAGAGUUUUCUGGUGUGCCAUCUCUCGGCUCCAGUGAAGCCGUGCACGGACUGCCCGAGGGACAGCCACGGCCUGGGGGCCCCUUUGGACCAGAGCAGGACACCGUCACAAAGAACAAAACUUGCCGGAUUGCUGCCAAGCCUUAUGAAGAACAAGUCAACCCUGUCCUCCUGACUCUCAGUCCUCAGACAGGGACCCUGGCGUUGUCUGUUCAGCCCAGCAGUGGGGACAUUAGAGUAAAUCAGGGGCCCGAGGAAGCAGAGAGCCAUCUCUGCUCGGACAACACCCCAAAAAUGGAAGGGUCCCAGGGGGCUUGUGGCCUGAAGCUGGCAGGAGACACAAAGCCUAAGAACCAAGUGCUGGCCACCUACAUGUCCCACGAACUGGUCCUGGCCACCCCUCAGAACCUGCGCAAGAUGCCUGAGCUGCCUUUGCUACCUCACGACAGCCACCCUAAGGAACUCAUCUUGGACGUGGUUUCGAGCGGCAAGAGGGGCUCUGGCACAGAGCUUUCUCAGCUUGGAAGCCAGGUGGACCUGGGGCGGGUGAAGAUGGAGAAGGUGGACAGUGAUGUGGUCUUCAAUUUAGCUACCUGCUUCCAGGCCGAUAGACUCCCAGCGGCUCCCCGGGCAGGCGCGAGUUAAACAGGAGAGCAUAGGGGUCUUUGCUUGCAAGAACAAAUGGCAGGCAGACGACGUGGCCGAGUCUCUGCCACCCAAGAUGAAGUGUGGCAAAGAGAAGGAAGGCGAAGAGCAGCAGCAGCAGCAGCCACAAGCCAAGCCCACGGCCCGGAGCUCCCACAGACCCAAGUGCCGGAAGCCACCCAGUGACCCCCAGGAACCCACCAAGAAAAGCCCCAGGGGGGCUUCAGAUUCAGGAAAAGAGCACAAUGGAGUCAGGGGAAAGCACAAGCACCGGAAGCCAACAAAGCCGGAAUCCCAGUCUCCAGGAAAACGAGCUGAUGGCCACGAGGAAGGUUCCUUGGAAAAGAAAGCGAAGAGCAGCUUCCGUGACUUCAUCCCUGUGGUUCUGAGCACCCGGACACGCAGUCAGUCUGGAAGCAUCUGUAGCUCCUUUGCUGGUAUGGCAGACAGUGACAUGGGAAGCCAGGAAGUCUUCCCCACGGAAGAGGAAGAGGAGGUGACUCCCACUCCAGCCAAGCGUCGAAAGGUGAGAAAGGCCCAACGGGACACCCAGUAUCGCAGCCAUCAUGCCCAGGACAAGACUCUGCUGAGCCAGGGCCGCAGGCACCUGUGGCGAGCUCGAGAGAUGCCCUGGAGAACAGAGGCUGCCCGGCAAAUGUGGGACACCAAUGAGGAGGAGGAGGAGGAAGAAGAGGAGGAGGAAGAGGAAGAGGAGGGCCUGGUAAAGAGGAAGAAGCGGAGACGGCAGAAGAGCCGAAAAUACCAGACUGGGGAGUACCUGACCGAGCAAGAAGAAGAGCAGCGACGGAAAGGCCGAGCAGAUUUAAAGUCCCGGAAACAGAAGCCGUCUCCCCAGAGCUCGGAGCAUUGCCUCAGGAACAGGAACCCUCUCUCACCCAACAAAGCCCAGGGGAUCUCGGAUUCACCAAAUGGUUUCCUCCCAAAUAACCUGGAGGAGCCAGCCUGCCUUGAAAAUGCUGAAAAGCCAUCAGGAAAACGAAAGUGCAAGACCAAGCACAUGGGAAACAUCUCAGAAGAGGCAAAGGGCAAAGGUCGCUGGAACCAGCAGAAGACACGAUCUCCCAAAUCUCCCACCUCAGCGAAGCUCACAGAACCAUGUACACCCUCUAAGUCCCGAAGUGCUGGCCCAGAGGAGGCCUUGGAGUCACCUACGGCUCGGCAGAUCCCCCCAGAGGCACGUCGACUUAUAGUGAACAAAAACGCGGGCGAGACCCUCCUGCAGCGGGCAGCGCGCCUUGGCUAUAAGGACGUCGUCCUUUAUUGCCUCCAGAAAGACAGCGAGGAUGUGAACCACCGUGACAAUGCUGGCUACACAGCCCUGCACGAGGCCUGUUCCCGCGGCUGGACCGACAUCCUGAACAUCCUCCUGGAACACGGGGCCAACGUGAACUGCAGCGCACAGGAUGGCACAAGGCCAGUUCAUGAUGCAGUGGUCAACGACAACCUGGAGACCAUCUGGCUUCUGCUGUCCUAUGGGGCUGAUCCCACGCUGGCCACCUACUCGGGUCAGACGGCCAUGAAGCUGGCCAGCAGUGACACCAUGAAGCGCUUUCUCAGUGAUCACCUCUCAGAUCUUCAGGGCCGGGCAGAGGGUGAUCCUGGUGUAUCCUGGGACUUUUACAGCAGUUCUGUGUUGGAGAAAAAAGAUGGGUUUGCCUGUGACCUCCUGCAUAAUCCUCCUGGAAGCUCUGACCAAGAAGGGGACGAUGUGGAAAAGGAUGACUUCAUGUUUGAACUCUCAGACAAGCCUCUGCUCCCUUGUUACAACCUCCAAGUAUCAGUGUCCCGCGGGCCCUGCAACUGGUUCCUCUUUACUGAUGUCCUGAAGAGGCUGAAGCUGUCCUCGAGGAUCUUUCAGGCCCGGUUCCCGCACUUUGAAAUCGCCACCUUGCCCAAGGCUGAGUUCUACAGGCAGGUGGCCUCCAGUCAGCUGCUGGCCCCUGCCGAGAGGCCUGGUGGCAUGGAGGACAGAUCCCCACCAGGCUCCUCGGAGACUGUGGAGCUGGUGCAGUACGAGCCAGAGCUACUUCGGCUCCUAGGGUCCGAGGUGGAAUUCCAGUCUUGGAACAGUUGACCUGGAAAACGGCCCCUCCCUUUUCUUCUCUCUCCUCCUGAGUUCUUCUCUCCCCCAACAGCCUCCCAGGUCUCUCCCCCAUGAGCGCCAGACUGCAGAACGAGGCAAUAAUCCGGACCAGCGAGAAGCCGCCUUAUCAAUGCCAGCAUUUGUGACUGGAUUUUUGGUUUUCUGGUUACAGUUAGUUCUCAUCUCCCUGUCAUUGUCCUUGUUGUUGUGGUUGGUGAUGGAGGCCUGGGGGGCAGGGGGAUGGCGCCAGGGUCCCUUGGACUGGCCGGCCUCCUUGUGUAUGAUUGAGACCAAACCUGGGCCCUGGGUGGCCAAGGCCUGUCCCGAGGAGAAAUAAGAAAAGUCCAAAUCUCUGAGCACCCCCUUCGGUUACCCUGUGUCCUUCUGUCUUCCAUAGUAUUUAUUUUAUUAGUAUUUAAUUUGUAUUGUUUCAUUGGUUUCUGAUGAGUCUAUAUCACUGUGACGAUUUGAGACAACUUGUUGUACUGAGGGACUGUCGUUACCUCCUCUCUUUUUCUUUCUUGAGCUCUGGGGCUGCUCCCUCCCUCUGACAGAGUUAUCCCCAGGUUGUUGUCCCCACUGGGGAGGGGCUGCUGGGGUGGGGGCUGUGGACUCGUGACUAAUGAAGCUGGCUGCUGCUGGCCCAGCGCUGGGGGUUGGGGGUAAAUCCCGAGGCUUUGGUGCCCCCCCCCUUCCUGCCAGUUUUUUUCUGUCCCACCCCCGCCCCGGCCCUGCCCUGCACCCUGCGCCC